AUCAACGAAGAGAUUUAUGUUGUGGGGACUUACUCGUGUCUUGUAUUAGCCAUUGUAGUAUUCUUAAUAACGGAUUAUUUUCGGUACAAACCGUUGAUCAUUGCAGAUGGAAUUUCCGGAAUCGUUUCAUACGUCUUAAUGUUAGGAACACCAAGUUUAUUCAGAGUUCAAAUUGGACAGAUUUUCUUUGGAUUUUUUUAUGCCUCAGAAGUUGCAUUCACUACAUAUUUAUACGCCAAGAUCGACGACAAACAGUUAUAUCAAAAAAUCACCAGUAUAGUGAAAGMAUCCAUAUUAUUUGGCAGAUUCUUAUCUGGCUUAAUCGCACAAAUUAUUGUUUCUACGAAUCUAUUGGACAAAGUUUAUCUACUCUACAUUACUAUAUUAAGUACGUUUCUUUAAAAUAUUAAURAUUACAUUAAUAUAGGUAGAUACCAU